AUGGCGGACAGAGAUGUCACGGCCUUGCGUGCAGAAAUUGAGGCCGCGAGGCAAGUGCGUACCAGCGAGCAGGCGCAGGCAAGAGUGCAAGAGCGCGACGCUGAGCUAACACAGGCUGAGGUGACGCAGGCGGAGGAGAGGCAGAGGUUGCGUGGUGAGGCCUUACAAAGAGCCAACGCUGUGAUACGAGCGAGCCGCGCCAGGGGAAAUGUUCCAGCACGACUUCGAGAGGAUGUUGAUGCUGAUCGUGCUGAGCGCCCUUCACGCCCCGCACACCCCAGGCAGACCCAGUUCGUGCCUGACUACCGGGGAGGAUGUACCCUGCAUUGUGGCCGACAACUCGCUCGUGGUGAGUAUAUUUGGUCCAUCCGUGGCAUGUCCUGGCUGAAAGAUGCUUUGUGGGCCGAGAGUCGAACUUUCGCUUCAUCCGACUUCUUUUCGGUGGGCUAUGGAAAAUUUGCCGUGGUCUACAGCCCAGAAGCCGGCGCACUGCCAGGUGGUCAGUGUGGGUCCCUGGCAAUUCACCACAGACCGGACACGGCCAGGCAGAUCUCCCUUCAGUACAGCAUUUACAUCAAAGCCCAUGAUGGAAGCUGGGUGCAGUGGGGACCCACAAGUCGCAACCGCUAUGACCCCCAGAGCGGCUGGCCAGAGGUUGUAUUCGGUCCAGACGUGCAUUGGGAGGGCUUCCGCCCAGAGUCGCCGCCAACAUUGGGCAUCUUUGGUCUUUCGCACGAAGAGCUGAUCUCUCCAGAGUCAGAGUUUGUGGUGGGUGAUGAGCUCACGAUGAAAUGCGUGCUGGACGUGCGUUCCGGCCAGCCUCCUGUGACGAUCCCGAGGUACCCAACUGGGGAACUGCAGGGGACCAGCAUGAGUUCUGACAUGCAGGCCUUCCUGGAGAGUGGAAACUUCAGCGAUGUUCAGUUUGUGGUGCAGGAUGAGGUCAUCAACGCGCACUCGCAAGUCUUGUGCGCCAGGUCCGAAGUCUUCCGGCUACAGCUGACCGCCGGGAUGCAGGAGUCCGUUACCAAGACCAUCAAAAUUGACGAUUGCGCUGCCAACACGUUCCGAUUGCUCCUGAAGUUUCUCUACACAGACUCCCUGACUGCACCGGAGGAUCUAGCUGCUGAAGUGGCGCCCAACGACGAAGACGCGGCAACCGAGCGUUGGGUUGUGUCGCAAUACCAGGGCCUUCUCGCGGUAGCCCACAAGUAUCAGGUCACCCGUCUCCAGCGCUUGUGCGAGGCGUACCUUAUCGCGCAGUUCAGUCCCAAGUCGGUUUGCGGAAUCGCUGCUCAGGCCCUUCUCCUGCAG